UAAAGAUUUUUGAAAGAUGCUUGUUUGUUGAUGGCUUUCUUUGAUAUCAUUGGGAAUCCUAGUCUCGAGAAGAAAGAACAGAAAUUUAUCUUGGCCAUCACUUUGAAGUAAUGUAGGAUCAAAGACUUCACAAAAUGCCGUGAUUCCCAAGCGUGAAAUAUUCACCAGAAAUGAAGAAAAAAUACGAAAUGUGCCUUUCCCAUCAAGCGUCAUUGGACAAUUAUCGUAAUCGAGGUCGAUGAACCUGGAUACGACCAACUUAAAACCAUACAAUGCAUCAAAUCGAUCUCCAAGAUCCUGAAAGAGAGCGCGCCAUCGUUCAUUCCACAAACCAGCUCAAUGUAUCAUCAUUGACUGCGGGUAGUAUAGGAGGUCUUAGUGGUGUCAGCAACGUUGGUGCUGGCAGUACUGUCCAACGAAAUCCUCAGCUGUCCGCCGAGGAACGUCGACGCAGGAGUCGAUAUCGGAAGAAACGUAACCGCAUCGGCCUUCUACUUAUCUUUGCCACGUUACUUCUCUUUGCUGGACUUGUCAUUUGUGUGAACACGAAAGAGUACGUCGCCGGAGCAAUCAUCAGCGUCAUUGGGGUUAUUCUGGGCAGUUCGUCCAUGGUACUUUGUCUUUUAACCACGGACUCCUGCGGGAGAGUAGGAACCCUUCAUGGGAUUCGAGAGCGAGUUUCAAGUUUCUCACGAUCGAAUCGACGUCAUAGUGCCGCCAACGACCGCGCCGACGUUCAGCGGUCGCCGCCGCGUCACGGGGACGGUGCGACAGCGUCUGUCACAAACUCUUCCCUCAAUAUACAUGAAACAUUAGUGUUACAUCCGCUUCCGCCUACUGGUAACAUGUCAGGCGACUUUUUAGACCACCUCCCACCACCAUUGUAUGAGACUGCUGAGAUUCUACGACGUGAGGACAUUGGUGUUGAACUUAUGGUCGGAGAUGUACCUGGCGCUAUUGGUGGCUCUGCUGAUUAUCAGUACUACAAAGUCAGUCAGACGGACAUCCAUCAUAACCCAUUAGCGUCCUCCUCAUCGACCAACCUCGCCUCGUCAUCGACCGCCCCUGCAGUCACAAGCCACAUGUGCGAAGAAUGCGUCCAACGUCAUCUAGACGACGGCGGGGGCGGCGGCGUGCAAGGCCAUGCUCCCCCGCCUGAAGAACAAUUGUUACUAGCGCCAGCUAUAGUCGUAGAACUGCCAACUUAUGACGAAGCGAUUGCUGAAGAUAGAUAACAGACGAUAGUGAGUUGGGCGUUACUUAUCAGCAGCUGUAAUAAAUAUAUUUCAUUGCUCAAAAACUACAGAAACUAUUGAACUGUUUGUGCCAUUUCGGAGGAAUGAAAUAUUCGUACUCCAUAACUGUAUUUAUUAUCCUUCACAAUUUUGUAAUAAAUUUGCACCAUGAAGUUCAUGAUAGUAAAAUGUUCUUUGUAUCUUGUAAUUAACUGACUAAAAAACUGCAUUGUGCUCCAUUCCAAGUGCUUAAAAAAUGGCUUCCGUCGACAAGACAUAUAUUUUUUAUUGAGCAUCAAGUCUUCUCUCUCUAUUUGUACAUGGGCAGAAACUAUUUAAAAUUUAGCAUGCAAUCUUAAACUCUUAUUGUUGCACUAGUACUUCAAAGUUCAAAUUUUUAUGACCAAGAGUUUGUGUUGUAACUUGUAACACUACUACAAAUAGAUAACUUAACAGAAUUAUAUUCUCAACUAAUAUAUUGUGUGGUAAACAUCUGAAAAAACCUUAUAGACUACAAUAUUAUAAGACAAUUAUUAUUACUCCCCAGGACGACUCUUCCAGACGAGGUGAUAAUUCCAAAAAGUACUUUGUGUGGUUGUCUGAGAGAGCAGUUGUCCGGGUAUAUGGAUAAUGGGAUACAGCCCUUGAUACAGGUUAAAAAUAAUGUCAUGUAAACAAUUCCAAUAUCUGUCUCUAUUUGUUUGUACUCUUUCAUUUUAGAUUCUCCUGUAUCCUGUAUUCCUUGUAUUAUAACCUGUAAAUGGUGAGCCCUACUUUAAUUGAAAAAUGAGAGCUUAAAAAAAGAGUAUUUAACUGGCCCUACCAUUUUGGUGGUUAUUCAAAAAUGAGAAAACUUUGAGAGGAGAUAUUGUAAUUAAUCUGUAUUCCCUGUUGCAUUCUGGGAAUUUUUAAGAGAGCUUUAACUUUCUAAUGCUGCUGAAGUUGACAACAAAACAAGACUGUAUAUUCAUUGUUAAUAUCAUUUUUUCAGAUCCAAAAGGGCAUCAAGUCUGUUAAAACUACAUGAGUUAAUGCCCUUUUGGUUCCAAACAGAUGAAAUGAUAGUACCUUUCUCGCAACUGAACAUAAUAUGUACAUUCUAUAAAAUGUCGGACUACAGGUUGAAUUAUUUAUACUGCAUAUUGUCUUGUGUAAUAUUAACGAUGUGUAAAUUAUGAAUAUAUAUAUAUACAGAGAGAGUAACAUGAAUAUGAGUAUGACGUUUCCCAAACUUUUACUAGAGGCCUUAGUUGAACCUGAUUUAUUUUUUGUCAAGAAAGAUAGUUUUAUGGAUGAUGAUUAUGUAAUUCAUCCAGAAAACUGUCUAAUACCAUGUUACAUGGAUAUACAUCGCUAUAACGUGGGAAUAUGAAGUAAUUUAAUAUUGCAGUGUGUUAUCUAAUACAUUUCGAAUUAUCGUAGGUAAGAUACAGAGCAAUUGUUUUAUCAAAUAAAAAUUCAUAACCUUUAAAUAUAUAGCAUGCUACCGGUAGUUUAGAAUAAUAACCUCGUUUAAUUUGCUUGAUGUAUUGAAUGAUAAUUUGCAGAAGUUUUUUUUUUAUAUCCAAGCAUGGUUUCUGGAACAUUAAUUGUACAUUGAUAAAUGUAGCUCUUGAUUUAAGGUAUUCCCCGUUCAUGACUGUUAUUAUAUGUAUUACUGACUAUUGGGUCUAAAGAUGUCUGUUCCUGCAGCUUUGUUAUGUCUCCGUCAGUGCGAAAAAGGUAAUUUGUUAUUGACAUUAAACCGUUGAACGGUUCUUUCGCAAGUCUUGGCUCUUUUAUUUUUUUAUUUUUUUAUAUGAAUUAAAGGUUAAUGUCUGCUGCAUA